AUCUACCCAGGCUGGGGUUUCUGGAGCAGUCAAGGACUCAAGGCCCCUGGAAGAGCUGGUCCAGGGGACCGAGUUCCCUGUGUCUUCCCAGAGCAGAUCAUGACCACACUCCUGCAGCUGCUGCUAGUCCUUAGCCUGGGCUGCACCGGAGCAGGGGGCUUUGUGGCCCAUGUGGAAAGCACCUGUCUGUUGGAUGACAAUGGGACGCCACAGGAUUUCACGUAUUGUGUUUCCUUCAACAAAGAUCUGCUGACUUGCUGGGAUCCAAAGGAGGGCCAAAUGGCCCCUUGUGAAUUUGGGACACUGAAUAUGUUGGCCACCUACCUGUCAGACUACCUCAACAAGCAGAAAGGCCUGCUCCAGCGCUUAUCUGAGGGGCUCCAGGACUGUGCCACACACACAAAGCCCUUCUGGGGAUCACUGACCCACAGGACGCGGCCACCAUCUGUGCAAGUAGCCAAAACCACUCCUUUUAACACGAGGGAGCCCGUGAUGCUGGCCUGCUAUGUGUCGGGCUUCUAUCCAGCAGAUGUGACCAUCACAUGGAGGAAGAACGGGCAGCUUGUGCCCCCUCAUGGCAGUGCCCACAAGAUUGCCCAGCCCAAUGGAGACUGGACGUACCAGACCCUCUCCCAUUUAGCCACAACCCCCUCUUUCUGGGAUACCUACACCUGUGUGGUGGAGCACAUUGGGUCUCCAGAGCCCAUCCGUCAAGACUGGACACCUGGGCUGUCCCCGGCACAGACAGCGAAGGUCUCUGUGUCUGCAGUGACUCUGGGCCUGGGCCUCAUCAUCUUCUCUCUUGGUUUGCUCCGCUGUCGGAGAGCUGGCUCCUCUGGCUAUACUUCCCUCCCUGGGGCCAAUUAUCCAGAAGGUCGGCACAUUUCCUAGAGGCAGGAUUCUACAACUUCCAUGCCAAUAACCCCAUACGAAAAAGAUUGUCUCCCUCCAUGUCACAGACGAAGAAAGUGAGGUUCAGAGAGGUUAAAUAACUUGUCUAAGGUCAAAGGACAAAUUCUUUAUGGGAUGUUUGUCUACCUGACUGGAAGCGACUGGACUGCUUUAUUUUGAGGACCCUCGUGCUGGAGAACACACCACUAUUCACAGCCAUCUUCCAGUCCUUCUACCCAAAACCCAAGGGGCAUUCACUGUUGGGGUCUAGAUUUCAAACUGUAAAAGCGAGGUGCUGUUUGUUUCCAGUGAAAGGCGACACCUGCUGGACACAGAAAGCUGGGCUGUGGAACUGUUUUUGGAAUUAGAGUUGGAUACUGGACUUCAGGCAAAGAAAAGAAACCAGGAAUGUAGACAAGUACUGGGGGAGCUUAGCCUAACAAGAAUUGUGGAGGGAGGACAAGGGUUAGGAGACAUAUUUGUGUGGGGGUAUCUAUGCAGGAACACAUACGAUCGGAAUCUGAUGAGCUGGGGGGAGGGCGCAGAACACUGUGGAAUCUUCCUGUGUGAUGCUAUCCAUGGUUGUGAGAGGGGUGGUCAUGGGAGCUAGAAUGCUUCAUCCUUGGACAGAUUCUAUGCUGAUGGGGGCCUGGAUAAGAGUGGGGGUAGCGCAGUUCAUACGACUUGAUGUCCAAAGUAGGUGCUCAGUGUUUGCCCCAUAAGUGAAUUGAUCUCCACAUCCAUGGUUUCACCAGAAGGAUCCUUGUGAUCAGGGCAUCUCCUCUGGAAGGAGUUUACUGAAGAAGUCAGUGAGAGGGGAAAGUGCUCAUGAAUUCAAAAUAGUUAUUCUCUGAGCAAGGCCAAAAAAGGGAGGAAGAGAAAGAGUGCUGUAUGUUGUGCUAAUCAGUAAAUGUAGGCUGAGAAAUUAAUCUGUAUACAUUUUAUCAGUUUUAUGUUUCAUGUUUAUAAAAUUUUUGUAUACCAUUUAAUUAGCUUGUGCAUCAUAUAAAUAACUUUCCACCUCUG